AUGUCUGAAAUUGACGCAUGCGCCCUCAAUACUGAUGGAUCUCUUAAGGAUGCUAAGGACAUCGUCUUUUAUCAUGAUCCUGAUGAUACCGUCCCACUAUCUACUCCUUCCUCUGCACCUACUCUCACAGGUUGCAAACCAGUGCCAGUUAUAGCUGGUUCUCGACGAUCCGUUCGCACGUCCAAGCCAUCUGCUCGCCUGCGGGAUACCGAGAACAUUUAUUCCUCGACGAGCCGAAAACGUGCUUUAUCCAGCGCUAACGAAAUUCAACCGGCCCGCAAGAAAGUCAUACCAUCUUUAUUUGAUGAUGAUAGCCUUGACGAUAACGACACUGGCAACGAUACUGAUCCUUUGGAGCCUGGCGCUGACCAGCCCGAAGCUGAAGAUGAAUCCGAACCGGAGGACGAUGCUGAAACUGAGGACGGCGCUGAACCCAAGGUCGCGCAAGCCACUUUGGCAAAGAGCGAACGGACGCUGGUGAACCUGAGAGCAGGCACAUAUUUCGAGGAGGAAUUUCUACACUCCGCACUCAUGUUAGUCGCAAAAAAAACCACUUUCAACUCUACAAGGCUCGUUGUCAAGCUGCAGGAAUUGUAA